AUGAAUGAUACGGCCAUUAGCACACGGCUCAUGUUUUUAGGUAGUAGCUUUGACGGCCUUGGGGUCCCUAUUUUGUUUGACAGGGAGCAUAAAACUCACCUUGAAAUAUCAGAUGUGGAUGUCAUGAUGGAACUAUCACCUCCUUGUUACCCCGCUGUCAAGUAUCGGAGAGAGUCUGAGGCCACAACAGAGGCAGCAUUGCUCGUAGAUGGCCGAGGCUGUCACCCCGGUUAUGUCAAACUUGUGAUCCAGGGCGAACACUUUCUGUUUGAUGUGCCAGGAAUUUUGGAUCAUGGGACUAUUUGUAUGAGCAACAAAUUCAUGCAAGUUUUCAUUCAAGAUCCGGUUCUCAGAAAAGGCACAUUGGAAAACAUUUUAGAAAGGGCAGAAGUAACUUUUAAUGGACCUGCGGUAUCAUUCAGAUUGCCACUUAUUUCUGGUGUUGAACGCAACAUUGUUCUGACAGGCGAUAUCGUUGGUUCAUUUCCAUGGAAUAAGUGGCCACACGAAGCAGAUGAAUGGCUCAGCCGUGAGAGAACGAGUGGUUGGCCCAAUGCAGACCAAACCAAAGCCGUCGAAGAGCUUGGCUGCUAUCUUGUUCCAGUUGCUAAUCCUGGUGAUAAAGAUUGCCGAACCGAAUGGAGGAUCUCUUUUGUUUUAGCUGAGCGACAUCUUGCCUCAUCUUUCAACCAAGCCCAACGACAUGUUUACCGGAUCAUAAAACUAAUACACAAACACCGAUUAGGAGACCUCGGCGUCCUUUCUACCUACCACCUGAAGACAACACUAUUUUGGCUGUGUGAGCGCAUUCCACAGGACAGGUGGACAGAUGAAGAGAUGGGACAACGAUUUUUCGACUUCUUUGAUCUUUUACUUGGUUUCCUCUCCACGAAGAGCAUCCCUAACUAUUUCAUACCAGAAAACAACAUGAUAGAUUACAUGGAGGAGCAAUUAGUCAACGAAAACGUAAAAAUCUUGCAAGAUAUCCUUCUCGAUCCAAAAACAAUCCUCGAAGAAAUUCAAGCAAGGUAUGACCUUCAUUUUGAUCCGCUGAAGUACUUGUUUUCAGAAAUGCCUCUCGGGAAUCUUUUCCAGACGUGCGCAUUGACACCGGAAUUGGAUAUUGAAAGAGGCUCUCUUGAUGAUGCCUUUGAUGCCACGAGAGAGAUGUUCAACGAAUUAUCGGAAAAACACCCGGACAGUCUCUUGAGACCAAUCUUGAAAUUAGUAGACGCUUUUCCAGGGAAUGCCCAGGACAAUAUCUUUAGACAAAUGAGGGGAGGAUUUAAAGAGGCAGUUGAAAAUUGUACUAGAGAAGCGAUGGACUUAAUGGCGGAUAAGCUCAGCGGAGUAUUCAAACCACUGUCUGAUGUUGUACGAAACCAAAUGAAAACAUACGAAAUAGACGAUGCAAUUGAAUUUUACUCGAAAAUAUUGGAUCUGGCGUUGGACAGUGACUCAGACCAAGAACAAAUACAGGAAUAUAAUGCCAAUCAGGAAGCAGCAUCAAGGGAAAUAUUGUACCUAAGAAACCAGGAAUGUGAUGACCACCAUAAUGCAAAACGAGAAUCAUUUGACUCUCUUGAUGAGAACAAGAUCGCUGGUAAUAAAGAACACCGGCUGUUAGAGUUCGCCAGGAAACCUGCUUACCAGUUAGAGGAAUUAGACUUAGACUAG